AUGUCCCCUCCAAAGUCCAUUGCCUUUGAACUUCUCCUCGACGAGGGCUCAAAGACUAGGGCUCGGAUCCCCCUUAGGGUGGUUUUGAACACCCACGACAAUAUUGAGUCUAUAAUUACCACUGUCAAGAACUUCUAUGGUAUUUAUGACAAUCACGGUGUGAGCUUCGAAGACGGAUGGGGCAACACCCUCAUUGCCUCAUACGAUAAUCUGAAGGCCAAUUCAACUGUCUACGUGCGCAUCGUCGCUGGUGUCCACUUGCCCCCUGCAGCCCAUAUGAAUGGUGCUUAUCCCCUGGACAAUAUCACUGAGCCUCGACGUCGACCUAGCCUUGGUGAGCCCUUCCAAAUGUUACCACCUCAUAUGCGAGAACAGUCACAUUCGCCCUCUCGUCCAUCCUCCAGGCUGGCCUGUAAGCGAAGCAUUUCCCCCACUCAGGGAAGAGGGCGCAGAAGUGCGUCGCAACAAAAGGGAGGCUCUCAUACCACUAUCAGCCGGGGCUCCAGUGCCAAUGGCAGCUAUCAUGAAGACAACGGCUACAGCGAUAGCGAAGCCGGACGCAGUUCCAUCUCGGGAUCGAAAAGAGCAAGGAGUGAACAGUUUGCAAGCUCAGACAUCAGUACUGCUAAUGUUUUGCAAGAUGGUCGACGAGGUGGGCCCAUUUUUGAUAGUUCAACCUUGCCUUUGUUUCUGCCCCCUCAAGUCCCAGUCACAGCGUCCCAGUCCUCUGUCUCCCCCCAACGACGCUCCAUCCCUCAAGAGGGUGCCUCUCCUUUCCACCCUCCUGCUCAAAAGCUUUGGGCAAAUCAACUGCCGCCUGUUCUCUCCCCUCAAAGCUAUAGCCAAAUGCACAGUGCUGGACAGGCGGACCUGGGCGCAAAUCCUGAAAUGGCAACACCCGUCCCUCAGCACGGCCAUCGCUUGCGAGAUCGCCAACCAGGGUACAUUGGACGGGCGGGCUAUUCGUCUCAUGGAGUCCUGCCCACUCCUGAUCCUACUGUAGCCAGUUGUAUAUCGGAUGAAGACGUCGCUCGCACACUGAUUGCUCUCGGUGAUGCCUCCAAUUAUUCCCAUGGGCGGACCUCCAAUUCCACCAUGGAUGAAACCUUCAGUGGCGUUGCAGAUGCUGCUUCCUCCACUGGGGCUACAAGUGACAGCGACGAGUAUAGCGAUGCUGAAGGAGGCCAACCCAAACAUAGGAAAUAUCUUGAAGAGGACGAAGAGUAUGAUCUGGAAGAGCCCCAUCGUGAGCCGAACGAGUUUGAAGGAGAGCCAAAAACAAAGAAGAUCAGGACAAAGAUGCACGAUGGGCCCACCAAUGGAUACCGACCAAAGGCCGCCUCAGCCUUCAAGAACAGCAAGCCUUCCAAGGUUCGCCCUGCCAAUGUGCCGAAAGUAAGCAAGUCAGCACCGCAGUCAGGCCUGAUGAAGGCACCCUCGGCCCCAGCUUCCAACGGCCAGGCGCGCAAAUCAUCUGGCUCGAGUCUCAACUUCCAGCACCAACUUGGUGCGGAUGAGGAGGAUUUGUCCUCGAAACCUCGCUGCCAACGCUGCCGCAAGAGCAAGAAAGGUUGCGACCGUCAACGUCCCUGUCAGCGAUGCAAAGACGCAGGCAUUGGCAUUGAAGGCUGCGUUAGUGAAGAUGAAGGUAAUGGACGAAAGGGACGAUACGGUCGCCACAUGGGUGUACCCGUCGCAAAGAAGGCUGAUGAUGCUGCUAUCUCUGAUGAUGAAACCCCAAUGAUCCCAGCCACAAUGGGUGGUGACGCCGCGGCUAUUGCUUUUGGGGGUAGUCCCGAGAAAAACAAGAAGAGAAAGAGAUGA